GGCGUCACAUGUUGUUUUUCUCCAGGAUCAGAUCAGUCAGUCCCUGGUCUGCUCCCACUGCGCUGUUGCUUCGACCGCGGCGGACACAGCCAUCGGUGUCUGCUAUGGACUAGAUCGCAGAAAAGAAUACGGGUAUUUAGAAGAAAAAAAAAAAGUUUUUUAUUGCUGCGAGUUUGUCUUUUUUUAUCUCUUGGAGAGAGAGAGAAAAAAGAGUUUGCUUAUAUUUGGAUUUUGAAUAAGUGGAGAAAUGGCGAGUCCUCCGGCGACGGGAGGACACCUGUUAUCUAAUGGGACGAGCGGCGUGAAGAAGAGCGGGUACCUGAGGAAGCAGAAACACGGACACAGGCGCUUCUUCGUCCUCCGGGAGCCGACCGAGCGCUGCCCGGCGCGGCUGGAGUAUUACGAGAGCGAGAAGAAAUGGAGGAACAAGUCGGCGGCGAAACGGGUCAUAACUUUGGACUCCUGUCUGUGCGUAAACAAACGCGCCGACGCCAAACACAAGCACCUCAUCGCCCUCUACACCAAGGACGAGUACUUCGCCGUGGCUGCGGACAACGAGCAGGAGCAGGAGAGCUGGUACACGGUGCUGACUGAGCUCAUAGCCGAGGGGAAAGUGUACGACAGCCCCGCUUCCACGUCCUCUUUAGUGGGCUUUGAGGAGGCCAGCUACGGACUCAUUACUCCUGCCACAGCGGUCUAUAAGGAGGUAUGGCAGGUCAACUUGAAAUCCAAAGGCUUGGGUCAGAUCAAGAACCUCACUGGAGUGUACCGGCUGUGUUUGUCCAGCCGGACCAUCAGCUUCGUCAAACUGAACUCAGAAACAGCUGCUGUCACUUUACAGCUCAUGAACAUCCGGAGAUGUGGCCACUCAGACAGCUUCUUUUUCAUAGAGGUGGGCCGGUCAGCGGUGACUGGACCUGGAGAGUUCUGGAUGCAGGCAGAGGACCCGGUGGUGGCGCAGAACAUCCACGAGACCAUCCUGGAGGCCAUGAAGGCCAUGAAGGAGCUGUCCGAGUUCAGGCCGAGGAGCAAAAGCCAGUCUGCCAGCACAAACCCCAUCUCUGUGCCCACAAGACGCAACCUCAACAACCUCCCCCCAAGUCAGACGGGCCUGGUGAGGAGAUCCAGAACAGAUAGCAUGGCGGCCACGUCCCCGGGGAGAAAGUUCACUUCCUGUCGGAUAAGAACAGCUAGCGAGGGAGACGGAAGCGUGACCCGGCCUGUGUCUAUGUCCAUAUCUGUGAACGGCAGUCCAACCAGUCCAAACUCGGGGAAUCACUUCGGCAGGUCCCACACCCUCAGCAGCAGUGGACGCACCUGCAAAAUGCUCGAGUCCUCCUCAAACCUGCAUCACAGCCGGUCCAUGCCGGUGUCCAACUCCCCUCCUGCUGCCUCCAGCCCCAUCAGCAUGUCUCCCAGAGGGGGGGCGAGUACCUUCACUCCUGACAAAGCCAGGCGGCCUUUCAGCUGCAGCGCCUCCAUCUCCGGCUCCCUCAGCGACACCGGCUUCAUGCUGUGUGACGAUUACAGCUGCAGCCCAGGUGACCCCAAAUUUCUCCCCCUGACCCGCAGCGAUACCCCGGACUCUCUGUCCAGCACGCCUCCAUCCCGUGACAUCAGCGAGCUCUGUGGCUACAUGAUAAUGGAGGGCAGCAGAUCUGGCGCUUGUGGCUCGCUUGACAAGGCGUACAGGAAGCGGACGCACUCCCUCACGACGCCGCGUCAACAGAGGGUGGUGGCACCGCUGUCUUCGGCCUCCCUGGACGAGUACACGCUCAUGAGGAUGGCACACGGGCAGAACUCUCACUCCGCCUCGCCCAAAGUGUCCUACCCCGAGGAUUAUGGAGACAUCGAAAUCGGUUCCUCCAGGAGCUCCAGCAGUAACCUUGCAGAUGAAGGCUACAUGCCAAUGACGCCAGGUGUAGCAUCCCAGUCUGGAAAGGUAGACAACUAUGUCCCCAUGAGCCCCAUGUGCGUCUCGGCGCCGAAGCAGAUUGUAAACCCCAGGGUGCAUCCUCAGGCGACUGCAAACGGCGGCUACAAGACCAACUCCCCCUGCAGCAGCUCUCUGGAGGACAGCGGCUACAUGAGGAUGUGGUGUGGCUCUAAAUCAUCCGUAGAGAGCCCCGACAGGCACAGUGAAUACAUGAACAUGUCACCUGGAAACCCACCUCCACUCCAGACCCCCCCUGAUUACUAUUUGGGCCUUCUGGCUGCUGAACCAGCAUCAAUGAGGCCAGCUUCCCAAACAGGCUCCCUCACACUCCCUGCUAAACUUCAAGCCUCCAAGAAUGAGGAAAGCAACCAGUACGUGUUGAUGAGUCCUCAGAGUUUGAGGCAGAGGUCGGGGGAGUCAGACUAUUACUCAGUGAUGCAGCCCAGCGCUGCUCAGACCUCACCCCUGAGCCCUUCUGUACCCUCCCCAGUCAGACACAGCCGGGCGGAGACCCUGCCCUACAGAGGGAGGCUGGGCCGGCCUAACAGGCUAUCCCUAGACACCCUGAGGACCCUGCCCAGCAUGAACGAGCACCCCCUUCCAGGAGAACCCCGCAGCCCUGGAGAGUACAUUAACAUUGACUUUAGCAGCACCAGAUUCUCCCCGCCCUCCACUGUGUCCACAGAGAGCCAGUCCUCAUCACUGGGCUCCAGCAGCGGGGGCCCGGGGAGGUCUUCCCUGACAGACUACAUCAACCUGGAGCUGGGCUCACACUCACCCAAGGAGGCGGACACUCCCGCUGAGCGCCUGGACACACUGCCAGAGAUGUCAAUGUGCCCCUGCUCGGAGGAGAACGGAGUGUACCAUGUGGAGAGUGAGAAGAGGUCUAACGGCCUCUGCGAUGAGGUGAAAAAUGACUACACGGAGAUGACGUUUGGGAUGACGAGCUCGCCUCCACAGCUCGUUCCACAGAACACAGCAAGCAGCCAGAUCAGCAGGGAGAGGAGACUCUCUCUAGAGGAUCCAGGUGUCCCAGAAGCGAUUGGGGUCUUCCUUCUGGGGGCGGCCUCUUCCUCCACUGUGGACCCUGACUGCUCCGCCAAAGUGAUCCGGGCCAACCCACAAGGACGUCGGCGCCACAGCUCAGAAACUUUCUCCUCUACUGCAACAGUGACGCCGGUGUUCCCUUCCUUCGCCCGUGGGGAAACGGUGAAGAGGCACAGCUCAGUAGAAAACAUCUCGUCCAGGAGCAGCGAGGGCUCUGACGAGGAAUACGGCAGCCCCGUGAACCGGCAGAGCUCAGCCGGCUACUCCAACGGCCUGAACUACAUUGCCUUGAACCUGCUGGACAGCAGGGACGUGGAGAAAUGCGAGGACCUGGCUGGCUUCAAACCCACCAGCAGCUGCAAGGGGGGUAUCAAUGGAUUACACAGCUCACCAUAUGUCUGUUUGGGAUUCAAGGAGGCUGCAACCACUGCCAAAGACUGAAGGACUCCUCGACUCCUCCUAACUUGGCGUCUUCACCGACCUGCUGCUCGAAAACAACAACAACAACAACAAAAAAAACAAACUCUGCCCUUCCACUGGGCACCGUGGCCCUAAAAGACUGUCUGGACCCUCAGCGCGCAAACACAUACACACACUUAGGGAACAAGCAGGUCACCAUCUAUGCAUGUCAUGAAUUUGCUGAAGGCGGGACAGGUGUGUGUGUGUGUGUGUGCGUGCGGAUGGAUGUGUGUGUUGUGUUUGUGGCGCCUCAUGUUCUCCUGCGCUUUCAGAGGCCAUUUCUCCUCUGACCCAUUUUUUUUUUUUUUUUUGGGCGCAAGCACAGAAGCAAAGAUAGUCAGACGAUAAACAAAAAACUCUUAAUGGCACCCAGAUACCAUUUAUUUACUUGAGGGGUAGUUUUACAACUGCCUGUGUGUGUUUGCGCGACUGUGUGUGUGUGUCUGCUUCUGAGUACGACCAACUGGUAUGUCAGUGAACAAAGAAACCUACUAUAAAAAAAGGCCCAGGGAGCAAGGACACCAAGGUACACUGAGUAUAUAACUAUAUUUAGAUUAGAUAUUUUAUUUAUUUUUGAAAGAUGAAUGUCUGAUAAGACCGACCCAAUGCCUUAAUGUGUAUACUGUCCUUAUGUUUUCUAUGAAAUGAGAGAUAAAUAUUCUAUUUCGGUACGUCUGUUUGGACCUACAUCUCUAUAUUGUUAUUCUGUUGUGGAAAGUAAAAAGCCUAGAUUAUCAUGACAAAUAUUAUUUCAGAAAUGUACAGUACAGUGGGGCUGCUCGAGAUCUUGAUUUAUCGUAUUGAUAUUAAAAGUAUUUUCUUAAUUACCGAUUUCUUAUUUAUUCUUAACCUAGUUUAUUUUCUGUCCAAUUAAAAAAAAAAAGAAAAAAGCGCUGGACUUAAAGAAAUAUAUUUCUAGAUGUCUUUCAAGAGUUAUGCAUGUCUUUAUAACUCAGCUCAGACCCCCACAAGCUACCAGGCACCUGAAUGCACUGUACCUCCCACCGUUCCUUAGUCACUUGAGCCUGAAAACCUCACACACUCCUACUCGAUGCGGGCCGCUCCUGCUGUGAUAUCAUUUGACGGUACAACUGUCUAGUUGAGGUGACGACGGAGGGGUGGAGCCAGUGAAAGCUGUCAAGGGUUUUAGGCACAGUCGAGGCGAAUGAGGGCUUGAGGUGAUUGGGAAAGGCUCGCCGGUCUCAGCUGUGCUGGACAAGCACAGAGGGGAGGAGGGCUCUGCAACGCAGAGAUAUUAGAGGGGAAAAAAAGGCCGACAGCCACAUCUGGCACCAUCAUGGAGGUUCACUGGAGAACCAGCUGUCUGGAAAAUAUAACUGUGCAGACAGCACAGCAAAAGAGAAUUAUGUAAUGCAUAUGGUAAUGGUAAUUAUGGGAUAAUGCUAAAUGAUAAAACAUUGUGUAAUACUAGCAGAAGUCCCAUCAUCAGCUCCUGGCUGACAUCCCAUACAUCCCAAUAUCUGUUUUACUUUAGCUGAAAAUAGCAAUUUCAGGAUGCUACCAUGCUCGUAUAAUUCUCGUAUAAGUUAAGAUAUCUUAAGUUUUGAUGUUGGCUAACAUUAGCUACCACACACUGCUGGUCAUACCAAGGCUGUAGCAGAGCUGUGAGCUGGUCAGACUUUUAAGCUUUAAAAAGUUGUGCAGUUCUGUUUUAAUCCGAGGAAACUACAUCCCUACAGAACUGAUCAUCUCUCGGCUACUUCCUCCCCACAAGAGCUUUGAACCUCCAAAAUGGCUGCCAGAUGGUUCCUUGACACCAUCUGACAUCCUUGACUGUGCGUUUUUUUUUUCUUUGUGUCAUCCACUGUGCCGACUCCAACUGGCUCACAACCCCUUUAGUGUACAAUAGAUUGUAAAACUUUUUAACCAUGUCUGAAUGUAUCACUGAGCUGGUGGGGACACCGCAGAAACGUAACGUGGGAAAUGGUUUUGACAGAGUCGGACAAUAUUGGAGCUGUGCCACGCCGAGUGGUGGUAUCUAUUUAUCUUCAGAGUCUUGAAUGUGUAUAUUGUGUACAUAGAAAGAGUUUAACUAAGAAAAUCUAUUGAAAAAACAGAGUACUUAGAUUUUACCUAUGUUGCGAUGAUAUUCCUGUGUAAAGACUUUGGCUACCGAUUUUUAAAAAGGGGACGGGGUUUUUGCUUUGGGGUUGUACAGUGUAUUGUAUGCUUUUUCUCCCUCACAGUCUCUGUGACCAUAUGAAAAAAAAUAAUAAUAAUCUGUCUAUUUUAUUAUAGAGAUCUCUUUGCCUUGUUGACACACUUUACCUAAUGGCAUAUGCAAUAGUGACAUGAAUACAAUCUAGUUUACAACCGUGGAACCAAAUGUAACGUUGCAUUAAUGAUUUUUGUUUUGUUUUUUUUCUUUUCGUGGCGAGCAGACGCUGUUUUGCUCCUUGUACAUUUCUCUUUCUGCCAAGUGUUUUGUUUUUGUCACCGGGAGCUUCGUUCUCGACGUGUCUCAAAGCGCUUCUCCCCCCCCACCCGGUUUCUGUGUCCAUGGAUGGACUCUUCUUUUACAGAUUGAUCUUGGGUUGACUCAGUCUGAAUGUGUCGUCGUCUUCCAUUGUACAUAGUUCAAUAUACUGUUUAUUGUGAUGCUCACAAGAGAUGAUUAUCAUGAUUUAUAAAUUCUGGUAGUCGAGUAUUGCUUUUGUCUGUAUUGAUUAUGGAUAGCAACCUACAGAAAUAAAUGAAUUUAUUUAAACAGG